AUGCCUGAUCAGAAAUACUACACCCUAGCGGAGGGAUGUCCCUUCGCAAGCAGCAGCACCGCUGUCCUGAUGCGCGGCCAGCAAGGAGGUGGGGGUCUUGGUCUUCUACAGGAUACUCAGCUCAUCGAGACACUGGCACAUUUCUCUCGCGAGAGAAUUCCGGAACGAGUUGUUCAUGCUAAAGCCGUCGGCGCAUAUGGCGAAUUUGAAGCUACGGCCGAUUGCUCAGAUAUCACCUCAGCUAGCUUCCUCAACCAGGCUGGCAAGAAGACUCCGGUUCUCUUGCGUGUGUCAACCGUGGGUCCAGAGUCAGGCUCGGCGGAUACAACUCGAGAUGUGCACGGUUGGGGGAUGAAGCUCUAUACCGAUGAGGGUAACUUGGACUGGGUCUUCAACAACACGCCCGUCUUCUUCAUUCGGGAUCCGAUCAAGUUUCCUUCUAUGAAUCGCUCGCAUAAGAGACAUCCGCAGACUCAUCUUCCUGACCCAAACAUGUUCUGGGACUUCCACGUGGGUAACCCAGAGGGUAUUCACCAGCUUUUGGUUCUCUUUAGUGAUCGCGGAACCCCUCGGUCGAUUCGGUUCCUGAACUCAUACAGUGGACAUACCUACAAGUUCACUAAAGAGGAUGGUUCAUUCAAGUACAUCAAACUUCACAUCAAGACUCAGCAAGGAGUCAAGAAUUUCACUGCCGAGGAGGCCACUCGAAUUGCAGGCGAAGACCCAGACUACAUGAUCCGAGAUAUGUUCGAGGCUAUUGAUCGAGGAGACUAUCCCAAGUGGAAUGUCUACGUUCAAGUCAUGGAUCCGUCCGAGGCGGAAAAGUACCAGUGGAACAUCUUCGACAUGACGAAAGUCUGGCCGCACAAGGACUUCCCAUUGAGACAAAUCGGCCAGCUCACCCUGAAUCGUAACCCCAACAACUAUUUCGCCGAUAUCGAGCAAGCAUCCUUCUCUCCAUCUACCAUGGUGCCUGGCUUUGCGGCGUCUGCCGAUCCAGUUCUCCAAGCAAGACUAUUCGCCUACCCCGACGCUGCCCGCUAUCGCCUCGGUGUGAACUAUCAACAGCUCCCGACUAACGCAGCCAAGGUCCCAGUGUACUGCCCAUUCCAGAGAGACGGCAAGAUGAGAUUCGAUGACAAUUACGGUGGAGAUCCGAACUACGUCAACUCCACUCUCAAGCCUACCAAAUACUAUCCCGAGGUCAAGGGGGUCAAACCCCAGGCAUUGAGCCUGCACACAGAGCAUGAGAAGUGGAUUGGAGAAGUCGCCACUUACACGAGCCACAUCACCGACGAGGACUUUGUUCAGCCUGCUGCUCUGUGGAAGGUCCUUGGUCGGGAACCUGGACACCAAGAUCGGACCAUUGCAAAUAUUGUGUCUAGCCUGAAGGGAGUUAAAUCGGGUAGCCUGCGGAACGACGUAUACGCUCUCUUCGCUCGUGUUGAUAAAGAUCUUGGUGCUAAGCUCAAGGAGGCUACUGAAGCUGCGAUCAAGAAAUAG